AUGGAUUCGAAUACUCAUAAUCAUCUCUACGACCCGAAUCACAUACCUUCUUCCGGGUCGGGUCUUCUUCGUUUUCGGUCAGCUCCGAGCUCGGUACUCGCCGCUUUCGUUGACGACGAGAAGUCUGGUUUCGACUCCGACAGGUUGCUUUCGAGAUUCGUGAGCUCUAAUGGCGGAAACGACGAUCUGGGCUCACCGAAUCCGAGUGAAUUCGACGAUAGGUCUCCUGUUUCGUUGACGAACACCUCCAUAUCAUACGCCGCAACUCUACCGCCGCCGCAGACCGAGACGUCGAGCUUUCUGGGUUUGCCGCCGCAUUAUCCGAGGCAGAGUAAAGGGAUGAUGAGCUCGGUUGGUUUGGAUCAGUUUCUUGGUAUGAAUAAUCAUCACACGACGAAACCAGUUGAAUCUAGUCUCCUCCGGCAAAGCAGCUCGCCGGCCGGAAUGUUCACUAACCUCUCAGAUCAGAACGGUUAUGGCUCAAUGAGGAGUUUGAUGAAUUACGAAGAAGAUGAAGAAAGUCCAUCUAAUCCCAACGGUUUAAGACGCCAUUGCAGCCUCUCUUCAAGGCCACCUUCUUCUUCUCUCGGAAUGCUUUCUCAGAUACCUGAAGUCACAUCCGAAAGCAUGGCCACUAAUUUUCAGUAUAGCCAUUGGAACGAUCCGUCCAGCUUCAUUGAUAACUUAUCCUCCCUUAAAAGAGAAACAGAGGACGACGGAAAAUUGUAUCACGGGACUCAGAACGGAGGGUCGGGAAAUCGAAUGCAGUUACUGUCACACCACUUGAGUUUACCGAAGUCAUCAUCUACAAACUCGGACAUGGUUUCAGUGGAUAAGUAUAUGCAGUUGCAAGACUCUGUUCCUUGUAAAAUUAGAGCUAAACGUGGUUGUGCCACACAUCCACGAAGUAUCGCUGAACGGGUAAGAAGAACACGGAUAAGCGAACGAAUGAGGAAAUUACAAGAGCUUGUUCCUAACAUGGACAAGCAAACGAACACUUCGGAUAUGUUGGAUUUAGCCGUGGAUUACAUCAAAGAUUUACAAAGACAGUAUCAGGUUUUAAGCGAGAACAGAGCUAACUGCAAGUGUAACAAGGAGAAGAAGACAUUAUAG